AUGACUGAAUUGGACGAAUUUGAUUCUAAUCUGAAUGCUGAAUUAGAUAAAUUAUAAAAAGAAAUAGACUCUUUAAGCAAAAAGGAAUACAAUCAAAAAAAUGCUGCAAUUAAAAAAUGUCAAGCCCAAGUGAAAAGCAUUUCCACCUUGAUUGAAAGUUAUGAAUUAGAGAUAAGUAAUCUUGAUAAAGUUCAGAGUGCUAAGUACAACGACUCGUUAAGAUCAAUUAACUAAAGAUUUUAGCGAUUGAAAUCUGAAUUAGAGUUUAAAAAAAAUGAAGGUCAGACAUAGGAGAAUCUCUUUAAAGGAAGAUCAGAGCAGUAACCUCAAAGAUUGGAAGAUAUGAAUAGAUAAUAAGUUAUCGAUAUGGGAGAUUAGAUGUAGUAGAAUGCAAUGAAUAAAUUAGAUGACAUUAUAGGAACUGUUAAUAAGGGUAAUGAAUUAGCAGAUUAAAUUAACAUGGAAUUAGAUAAACAAAUAGCAUAAUUGGAUAGGAUGUAUGACACAGUUAUGGACACUUAAUCUGUUUUGAAAAGAUCAGCCAAAUAUAUAAAAUAUUUUGCAAGAUAAGUUUAUACAGACAAAUUAUUAAUGUGUUUGAUUGGUCUAAUUUUUAUAGCCAUUAUAGUGUUAAUUGUAUUAUCAGCAUUAGGAUUGGAUGAUGGAAAAUUCAAUACACCAGAUUAAGUGAAAGGAUCUUUAGCAACCGAUAGUAGUAGCACUACUAAUACAACCACAACAACUGGAUCUUGAUGAUAUAAGCAUUACAAUAUAAUUUAUUAACAAAUUUUCUUCUAAAA